CUUCAUUGCUAAGAAACUUCUUUCCUCCACUCAUCAAAAGAUUCAAAACCCUAAAUAUAUAAAAAAACAAAAAGAGAUGAGAGAAUGAAAUAAUAUAAUAAAACUAAACAAAUACAAAAGCCCCUCCCUAUCUUUCUUUCCUCCUUCUCCUUUAAUUCUCUUUUCCCUUUCUUUCUUCGCUCUGCUGGUACUCUCUCUUAUUCUGUGAUUCUCCACCACCAUUUUUGCUAAAGCUCCAUCAACCUUUAUAAAAAGCAAACGAAAAUCAUUUUUAAAAAAAAUGGUUUUCUCCUCAAUUCCAGUCUAUUUAGAUCCUCCUAAUUGGCACCAGCAAUCAAAUCAACAAGAAGGAAUAAUUAGUGCUCCUCAUGAUCAUCAAACGCCACAGCUUCCACCUCUUCCUCCACAACCUCCUCUUGUGGCGGCGGGUGCAGGCUCAAUCCGACCAGGGUCGUUGGCUGAUCGAGCCAGACUAGCCAAGAUACCGCAGCCAGAAGCAGCCCUCAACUGCCCUAGGUGUGAUUCCACCAACACUAAAUUUUGCUAUUUCAAUAACUAUAGCCUCUCUCAACCGCGCCAUUUCUGCAAGACUUGCCGGCGGUACUGGACUAGAGGUGGUGCCCUGAGAAAUGUUCCGGUGGGAGGUGGUUGCCGGAGGAACAAGAAGAGUAAAAACAGUGGCAGUAGCUCCAAGUCAUCUCCAGCUUCAUCGAGUGAGAGGCAAUUAGUAGGUGGUUCAAGCUCCACAAGUGCAAUUCCUUCAGAGAUGAUCGGUCACUUGCCUCAUCAUCAACAAGCUUCUCAUCAGUUUCCUUUCUUGGGAUAUUUGCCCAAUAUUAGUCAGUAUAGUGUUGGAAAUCCUGGCUUGAAUUUUAGUGGAAUUCAGGGAAGCAUUGAAGCCACUAGCGGCGGUGUCGGCGGCCAAAUUGAUGUGGGAUUUCAGAUACCAAGCAAUUCAGUAGGAGUGCAGAAAUUUCCUUUCUUUGAGGCACAGUCAGGCUUGUUUUCAUUUCAAAGUGAUGGAGGGGAAGCAGGAUCUUUCAUGGUUGGAGAUAGCCUGCAGCUUCGGGCAAUGACUAGUUCAAGCUCUAGGGUUUCUCAGCCAGCUCCGGUGAAGAUGGAAGAAAACCACGGGCUGAUAUCAAGGCAACUUUUGGCUAAUUUGGAGAACAAUAAUCAGUAUAAUUGGAGUGGUGGAAAUACUUGGACGGAUUUAUCAGGUCUUGGCUCUUCCUCCACUACUCAUCUGCUAUAAAAUGGAUCAUUUCUGGAUUGGCAACUCUCUAACCCCCAGAAUUGUCUAAUGAAGAUGGUGGAAUCGGAUUAAUCUCUUCACGACGAUGAUCCGAUAGGAUCGAAGGUAGAGCUCGGGUUUUAUAUAUAUCCUAAUUAAUAAUUUGUUGCUUUUGGUUGAAGAAUAUUGAAGUUGUGUUGUUAUUGUAUUUCUAUACGUGGAAUGUGUGUGAGGCCAUUGGUGUUUGUUGUUUCAAGAGAUGAUGAACUCAUAUUUAUGAUUAAUCCUAGUUAUCAAUGACAACUUGUUUUCCUUUAA